AUGGCCGAUGGCUGCACUACGCGCAACCGAAUGUACAAAGCCACCUCCACCUCCGGCGAUGUCUUCGCCGUCAAAAGAAUCCACUCUCAUCUAAUCCUCAACAACAACGCCGGUCUAGAUUUCAUAUCAAAGAUCAAAUCUCUCUCCUUUAUAAACCACCCUAACGUCGUUCCUAUAAUAGGCUACUCUCAAGCCCCCGGAGAGAGAAUCAUCAUAAGCGAGUUUGUUGAUGGAAGAAGCUUAGACUAUUUUCUUGAUGGGUAUGAGAUUCUGGAUUGGAGAACUAGGGUUAGGAUCGCUGCGGGGAUUGCGAGGGGAUUAGAGAGUCUUCACGAGGGAGGGAUCGUGCAUGGGAGAAUCAAGCCUAGUAACAUUUUGAUUAGUUCGAACUUUGCUGUUAAAGUUUGCGAUUAUGGGCUUUGGUUUUUGGGCCGAGAUGGGCUUAUGGGCUAUUUGGAUGGAGAGGGGGGAGGGGAGGGGAGUAAAGGGAGUGAUGUGUACGGGCUUGGGGUUGUCUUGCUUGAGAUUUUGAGCGGGAGGAGGAGUGAAGGGGGGUUGAUUGCGGAUUGGGCCUUGCCUUUGAUUAAAACGGGCCGGAUUCAGGAGUUUUUAGAUAGGAGCAUUGACCCGGGUAAGGAUUUGGGGGUUUCGGUUCGAAUGGCGAAGGUGGCUUCCGCGUGCGUCGGUAAUGGGAGGAGGAGUCGGCCUGCGAUCGGGCAGGUUGCUGCGAUUUUGAGCAGCUUGGAGAUGAUUUGAGAGUUUGGAUUCUUUUUUGGGCUGGUAUUGUAUUUAUAAUUUAUCUCAUAAUUUUAGCAAAAUUCAGUAUUUACCUAAUAAGUAAUAAGUCAUAAUAACGGAGAUUUUUUCAUUGUACGCGGGUUGGUUGGUUAAUGAUGCAAUGUUUUUUUGUAAAUUGUGAUAUAACAUUGUGGUAACUGU